GAUUGAAGACUUCAUACUAUGCAGAUCAACGAAACUAUUGUGAAAGAAUUUAUCCUUCUGGGCUUUUCUCUUUACCCAGAUAUAGAGAUAUUACUAUUUGUGAUCUUUUUUUGUCUAUACUUUCUCACUCUCAUAGGUAAUAUGAUAAUCAUGGGUCUAACUUGUUUGGAAAAAGCUCUGCACACCCCUAUGUAUAUCUUUCUAAGUGCCCUCUCCUUUUCUGAGACUUGCUAUACAUUGAGCAUCAUUCCUAAGAUGCUAACGGAUCUAUUGGCCAAGAACAGAAGCAUUUCUGUUGCAGGUUGUGGCUUACAAAUGUUUUUCUUCUUGGGACUUGGGGGUACUCAUACCAUCAUCCUCACUUUAAUGGGGUUUGAUCGCUUUUUGGCCAUCCAUAAUCCUCUGAGAUACCCAUUGCUUAUGACCAAUAUAGUGUGUGGACAAUUUAUAGCCUCUGCUUGGGCUGGAGGCUUCUUUAUCUCUGUGAUAGAAACAGUCCUGAUAUUCAGAGGCUUUUUCUGUAGUCCCAACCUUAUCAAACAUUUCUUCUGCCAUAUGAGGGCAGUUGUGAGACUGUCCUGCUUAGACAGUAACCUCACAGAAUUCAUUGUGACCUUGAUCUCUAUCUCAGGUUUAUUAGGAACCUUCCUACUCAUCAUCCUCACUUACAUCUUCAUUCUCACCACUGUUCUAAGGAUCCCUUCAGCGGAGGGCAAACAAAAGGCAUUUUCCACUUGUGCAUCCCACCUCACAGUGGUCAUAAUCCAUUUUGGUUUUGCAUCUAUAGUUUAUUUGACACCAGAAUCUUCAAAGGGUGAUGACACAAUCAUAGCUGUCCCAUACACUGUUAUUACUCCUUUCCUCAGCCCCAUUAUUUUCAGCCUCAGAAAUAAAGACAUGAAGAAUGCUUUUCGAAAAGUGUUGGGAAAGAUAAUAGCCGAGAAAAAGUAA